CACUCAUCAAGCAACAGGAUGUGGGAGGGUAGGUGGCUUUCAGCCUCCUUUGUCAAGUUGGAAGAAAAGCGGAUUUUGUCUGCCACCCUCCCCAUCCCCCCCCCCCCAUCAAGUGCAGGCUAAUGCAAGGAAGUUGCUGUUGCUUUAAAUGCACCAGAAUGCCUGGAGCUGUUUCGUAGCAACCUGGACAUGGUUUCCUAGCAACCUGAGCUUGGUUUCCACGCCAAAGCCGGUGCGUGGGUACCAGGCUGGCCCACAGGCUCUUCUCUUCCUACAGACGGAGGGGCUUUGUUCUGAGCGACCACAACCCGCCCAGCCCUUCCCAUGGCCGAGGAGCCCAAUCCUGAAGCCACUGCUGCUGCCUUGCGCAGCGCGGACGAAAGUCGGUUAGCCCAGAGAACCAGCGAUCAAUAUCGGGUGAGCCACGAUUUACCUGCCCGGUUCAAUCACCCGGGAUGGUUUCGGGGUUACAGAGUGAAAGAACGCAACCUAUUGUUCAGGACGACCAACAUGGAUUAUGGAGCCAAACCUCCAACAGUGCACGAGAUGCCGACCAGUUUCCAUGUCAGUCCACAUUCCUUCUCUGACCGCCUCAUCACCUUCGGCAUGUACAGGAACUAUGGCAUCAACACCGCCAUGGAAAAAAGCUACGUGACUGGUCCCGACAACUUCAUCACUUUCCUGGAUACCCGCAACUUCCACCCCAGUUACCGAACUAAAGGACCCUCCCUUUCGGAGUAAGGGGCACCGAAAGGCUUCCAUAUCUCCUUUAGCUUUUAACAUUCCAACAACCAGACCAAAAAAAUUUUAAUGCCCCCCACACACACACACACACUUCCUUGGAAAUUCUUUUUUCAAAGGUGACUUGCACCAGAGACUCCCAAGAGAUCCUGCCUUGGAUCUUGCUAACAGUCUUAGCCUCUUUCUUAGCCUCUUUCUUAAUACGAUGAGCAUGUUAGAUCGAUAUUACCUGCCAUAAAAACAUUGAGAAUGGACGGGUCUCUG